AAUCAAAGGCAGUCCGUUAUCGCACUCACUCAAAUAGCACUAGCAGAAAAUCAGCAUGCCAAGUGACAACGUCAAGUACCUGAGUGGGGUGCAGUUGAUAGCAUUCUCCCGGAACACGUUUGGUAUUUCUCCGUUUCUUAGGGUGAAAGAUGAAGUUAGGGGGAUACUUAUGAAGAAUGUCCUAAGUCCCAAGAACAGCCCUAACUAUACUGUUUGUAUUGUUCAACAGGGUUCUUUCCACUCGGAUGAACUUCCAGCAGAACAAGUUGCAGUCCUCCGUAAGGCAUUUGAAGCCUUCGACAGCCAAAAAUCCGGUAGCAUUCCAUGCGAUAUGGUAGCAGAUAUUUUACGUAUAAUGGGACAACCUUUCGAUAAGAAAAUUCUAGAAGAACUGAUAGAGGAAGUAGAUGCAGACAAAUCUGGUCGUCUUGAAUUUGAAGAAUUCGUCACGUUAGCUGCCAAAUUUAUUGUUGAAGAAGAUGACGAAGCGAUGCAGAAAGAGCUCAAAGAAGCCUUUAGAUUAUAUGAUAAAGAAGGUAACGGAUAUAUUCCAACAUCGUGCUUACGCGAAAUCCUCAGAGAAUUAGACGACCAACUGACAGACGGUGAAUUAGAUAUGAUGAUCGAAGAAAUUGACACAGAUGGUUCAGGGACAGUAGAUUUCGAUGAAUUUAUGGAAAUGAUGACUGGGGAAGUAUAAUCGUCCGGUAAAACAACAACUUCAAAUCUUAAUAUUAAGUGCAUUUUUUAUUUCUUUAUAUAGAUGACACUGUAUUACAUGGACAGUAUGUUAAUAAUGAUUUAUCAUAAAAUAUUUUAAUAUUUUUGCAAGAACAAUUCUUAAAGAUAUCGAAUAAAAAUAUGAUAUUUUUCAACUUUAUAUUAAUAUACUAUAUAUAAAUGUAUGUACGUUGUAAGUGAAUUUGUACCUUGGGCAAGCAUUAAUUAUGUGUGAUAUUAGAAUAUAUUAUUGGAAUAAAUAACAUCUUAUAGGCAA